GGAGUCAAGGAGCUAGACGUUAACGGCGCUGCGGGACUUUUAAACAGCGAACCGGGACUGCGGACUUUGCUAAGAAGACCGGGAUUGUCCCGGCAAAAGUGGGACUUUUGGGCGGUAUGCGAUAAAGUACAGCACCUUUGCUUACCCCCAAACCAUCAUCAAGAUGUCUGAGAACCAGGGUAAUAUUCCUCUCAAUAACGCUAAUGGCAACCGUGUUCGAACUCCUAACCUGAAUCAGAAUCCCUUGAUUAAUGUUCGAGAUCGUCUCUUCCAUGCAUUGUUCUUCAAGAUGGCUGUGACCUACGCAAGACUGUUCCCCCCUUCCUUUCGCAGAAUAUUUGAGUUCUUUGUACUUCUGAAGGCCCUCCUGGUACUGUUUAUCCUUGCAUAUAUCCACAUUGCAUUCUCCCGUUCCCCAAUCAACUGCUUGGAGCAUGUUAGAGAGAAAUGGCCUCGGGAUGGAAUCUUGCGAGUGGAGAUUCAGCUGAACUCAAGCCGAGCACCCAUCUUUUUACAAUUUUAUGACAGUGACACAUUUCCAGGUUUGGUAAAGGAACCAUCUGGGGAAGAUGAGGAGGAGGAGGAAGAGAUGAGCGUGGAAAUGUACCACAAUAGCUCCAUCAAGUUUGAGCUGGAUAUUGAGCCCAAAGUAUUCCUGAAGCCAUCUCUAGAGAGUGUUACUCAGGCCUCUGAAAACCAGAGCCAGACACUGUCCUUCAGUGAUGCUGCUAGCAAAGUGUGGCCACAAGAAGAGUACAUCGUGGAAUAUUCCUUAGAAUAUGGCUUCCUGCGGCUGUCUCAGAGCACAAGGCAGAGGCUGAAUAUCCCUGUUAUGGUGGUUACACUAGACCCAACUCGAGAUCUGUGCUUUGGAGACAGAUUCAGUCGAUUUUUGCUGGAUGAGUUUCUGGGAUAUGAUGAUAUUCUUAUGUCUAGUGUAAAGGCCCUGGCAGAAAAUGAGGAAAAUAAAGGAUUCCUAAGGAAUGUGGUUUCUGGGGAACAUUAUCGAUUUGUCAGUAUGUGGAUGGCUCGUACUUCUUACCUUGCUGCCUUCGUCAUCAUGGUUAUAUUUACACUCUCAGUCUCAAUGCUUCUGCGGUAUUCCCAUCAUCAAAUCUUUGUAUUUAUUGUGGACUUGCUACAGAUGUUAGAGAUGAAUAUGAGUAUCGCGUUUCCUGCUGCACCAUUGCUCACUGUGAUCCUGGCUCUUGUUGGGAUGGAAGCCAUCAUGUCAGAAUUUUUCAAUGAUACCACCACUGCUUUCUAUAUAAUCCUCAUUGUGUGGUUAGCUGAUCAGUAUGAUGCCAUAUGCUGCCAUACAAACACCAGCAAGAGACACUGGCUCAGGUUCUUCUAUCUUUAUCACUUUGCAUUUUACGCUUACCACUAUCGAUUUAAUGGCCAAUACAGCAGCCUUGCCCUUGUUACAUCGUGGUUAUUCAUUCAGCACUCAAUGAUCUAUUUCUUCCAUCACUACGAGCUUCCUGCCAUCCUGCAACAGAUAAGAAUCCAAGAGAUGCUUCUUCAAAACCAGCAAGCAGGGCAAAAUCAGACCAGCCUACAGGACAAUCUCAACAAUAAUACUGCAUCAGAGCCAUCAGGGGCAACACCUCCUCAGGCUCCCGGAGAUCCCAGCCACCCACCAGUAGGGAGUGACUACAGCACUACCGAAGGGGCUUUAAGUGACGUGUUGCUUGAAGAGGUGACAGGAACCUCACAGCAAGUGGUAACUGGGAUACUACCUGCCGCAGACGAAAGAGCCCAAGAAGGAGUUUGCGUCGGUACUCAUACACCAGAAAUUGCAGCAGUAACACAAACUGGAGAUCCUCCUCCUGUUCUGAAUGUUUCCCACAAUUCCUGCUUAACAGAUCAGACUGAGCUUCAGGGGGGCAUGGUAUCCCCCAUAAUAGACCUUAGUUCUCUGAGAUCCUUAGCAAUCAAUUUAGAGUCAGAGCAGAGCAGUCACACUAUAGCUGCUUCUGCAUUACAGUGUGUAGAACCCACUUCCCAGAUAAAUGAUAAAGAGCACCCUGCAGUGGACUUGUAAGCAGACUCGCACUGAAAUAUUUUGCGGGUAGUCCCUUACUGCCAAGGAAAAAUUUUCUCAGAAUUAUACGGAGCAAAACCCUGCAAAUGGAGCCAGGAGCAAAGUCACACCAGCGCAUGCAUGAGUUGGUUUACGCUGACUCGCAUUGGCUUUACAAGACAUUCUUACUUUGUAAUAGGAAUUCUCUAAAUUACCAAUCACAUUUUAGCUGCAUACAAGGGUACAUUAAAUAUUCACAUGUCCAUAUUCUGAAGAAAGCAAAAAUCAAGCCAGAUUUGUGGGACACACACAUCUCACUACCAGCUAGUGCUUUUUGUAAAAUUCUAAGAAUCAAACGUUUCUCUGGGAUGGUACAUUCCUUAGGACAGAAAUUCUUAUUAGUUAUGAAAAUAUUAACAGACUGAGUGGUUUUGGUGCCCAGUAUGCACAGGGUAUGGGGCAGAUUAACUUUGCACCCACUGCAAUGAGCAGGGCUACUCUUGCAUAUUCUUAGCUGUACCGUUGUACAGAGAACAUCCUGUUUAAGGGAUAUAAUUCAAAUUGACACUGUGUACAAAUAGAAUCUGAAAUGCACUACAAAUCUUUGGGAAUGUCAGAGUGUAUUACAAAGAAAGGGCGGGGAUGGUCUGUAGCAUCUUAGUGGGUAGUCACCUUGAUAGGUCCAGUGCAGUCUUAAUUUAAAGAGGCAGGAGGUAUAUAUAGUAUGUAUAAGUAUAUGUGCCUUUCUAUCUGUGGCCAUAGAGAGAGAGACUCUAUAUAUUGAGUGUGUGAUAACUUUUUAGCUUUCUUCCCCCAAUGCACUUUUUGUUCCUUGUAUGGAGGGGGUGCUGCCUGUAUGUAAAUGUAUACAUAUAUUUACUCAAUGUAUGUAUGCAAAUGUAGGUAGAUGUUAGCAGAAUGCAAUCUGUAUGAUGACAGAGCUAUAUGCUUCAAAUUUUUAAUUUAUAUUUGUGGGGGAGAUCUUCUGGUUCCUUUCCGCAUUUGCUAUUACUAUGGUCAUUAAUUCUCUCAUCGCUGGAAUACAAAGAGCAAAAUGUCUAUAUGUUGCAAUAUUUAAAGGCUUAAAGGGUAAAGAUUAGUAAAGUAUGAUCAGAGUAAAUAAAAGGGGAGAAACUUAGUUUGUCCUUGCAGCAGUGUAUGGGAUAGGCAACUGGCUUCCAUAAGGGCUGCGGCACAUCAGGGGCAUUGUAGAAUCUGCUUAUUUUGGGAAUGGCCUCUGGGGGCUGCUGUAGUUUUUCCAUUGCAGUUAGUGGGCAGAGGUCGACAACAAACCCACCCCCUGGGUGCCGCAGCCUUACCACUUUGCUCCCUACAGGUCACUAAUGGAGAGAAUGUGGCUUAUCUCCUGCACUGAGCCUGUUGAUUAAUUGCAAAUAAUACAGCUUAUUUUUUAUUGUAGAUUGACCUAAUAAUGGGAUAAAGGCAAGCAAAUUUGCUUCCGUGCAUCCCCUCUCCUAUUUAAUUGUACCAGAGAAGCUAUAUGAAAAUUGAUAAAUGGUGUUUGUAUAUAUGAUAAUAAAUCUAAUAUCCUAA